GGGAACUGCAGAGAGAGAUCAACAUAUCCUGUGUAAAAACGUACCCACACCAGAGUUGUAAUGCAGAUUUGCAAAGAGAGGAAGACUUGUAAUGCGCAUCCUCAUGAGAGCCAUUUCCAAUCGUGUUUUGGAAUUUGUGAUGCUGUGAACAGGAUGAGCAGAUGAAUCUGUGACGCGGCUGCACUUGCUGACCUGCACUACACUGCAGAGUGCAACUUGUCAUGCGUGACUCACAAAACUCCUAGGUUUGUGUUGCAAAAUCCCCAUCCUGACUCUGGUGUGGGUAUGUUUUUACAUAGGAUACAACACCUCCAUUAUUCAACAGACGCAGGCAGAAUUCGUGGCGCAUAAUUAUUCGCAGCCUGACAACUACCACACUGCACGUAGAAGCACAACUGGCGGCGCGCGUCAACAACUGAGUGACGGAAAUGAAGGGGAUGUUGUGAUGAGCAAUGCUGACGAUGACCUUGAAUUGGGACCACCACCCCCUCCUGCCAGUCAGAUUGUGAAUCGGGACAUGGAUCACGACGAUGAUGACGAGGAACAAGAAG